CAUCUGCUUCAUAUUCCCCGGCGAAUUUGCCCAAAUACUUCAAAAUGGGCGAUGCAUCUUGCCCACCAGAACUCAUGCCAGGGGAGGUAGCAACGCAGGAGGUGUCGUUAUCUAGUGUGCUCCCGGUCAGGAUCUUGACUCACAACAUUCGCUUUGCGACCGACACACCCGACGAGAGCGAGAAGCUCUGGCCAGACCGCUUCCCUUACCUCUCGAGCCACUUCAAGUACCACACGCGCCCACACUUCGCUCCCCAGUCAACGCUGGUGUGCAUGCAAGAGGUGCUCCACGAGCAGCUGUUGGACCUGCACAGUCGGACGUUCAACACCAAUACCUCGUCGUCGUCGUCGUCACAAGCUUGCGGUGAUGACAACGACUGGACCUACGUCGGGGUGGGCCGCAACGACGGCCAAACCAAAGGAGAGUACAGCCCCAUCUUCUUCCGCAAGUCCGCGUGGAAAUGCAUCCAUUUCGAAACAGUCUGGUUGAACGAGACCGGCGAAGUGGGCAAGAAGGGCUGGGACGCAGACAGUGUCCGCAUCUUGACGUGCGCCGUGCUGGAGUCGGUGCUGGUCAACGACACUGCAGAUGACCACCUGCCCUCGACUUCGACCACGUCGAUAACGGCCUUGGGCGAACAAGCCAACCGGCUCAUUCUGGCCAUGAACACCCACCUCGACAACGAGGGCCAGAUAUCCCGCCGCGAAUCCGCCAAACUCAUCCGCCGGGUCGCCUCCCGCCUUCGAUCGCAGUACAGUCCGACAUUCACCUUCUUGACGGGGGAUCUGAACAGCCACCCGGACGGAGACGCCUACCAGAUCCUCAACGCCCCCGGGUCCGGGUUCGUGGACACCCGCCGCCUCGUCGGGUCGGACAACAACAAGGACGGCAAAAUGUACGCGUACGGGAACGAACUCACGUUCACAGGGUUCCCUCCCAAUCCCGCCGCCGAGGGCAGGGAACGGAUCGACUUUGUCCAUCUGGGAAUUCCAGUCGAGGCAAGCCAAGACGAGGGAGAAGACGCUGGAGAGCAGGCGGCGAGAUCGGGACAGGGACAAUCUUAUGACCAAGUCGGGGAAAUGGUGCAAGGCUACGGCGUCCUGCCGAAUCGCUUCGACGACAAGGUGUGGAUGAGCGAUCACCGCGGCGUGGUCGUGGAUUUGCUUGUGAGGUUUUGACAAUACUUACUUAGCAUGGGCGAAGGAAGAAAAGGUGAUACGGCAAUCUAUGCAGGAAGAUAUCAACCAGGAUUGGU